AUGAAGCAGCAGCUGCUGCUGCUCCUUUGGACACUUGCUGUGUUCUGUUUCUCGUACAAUGAUGAUGACACCUGCACGAGGGUGUGUGGAAGUCGACCACUAGCCAUCAGCCAUGGCAAUUUAUUGCGGAUUGUGGGCGGGACCGAUACGCUGCCAGGCACGUGGCCCUGGGCCGUCAGCUUCCAGUUCCCGACACGGCAGGGAUGGCGCCACUUCUGUGCUGGCUCCCUGAUCAACUCUCAAUGGGUCAUUUCGACGGUGCGAUGCUUCAUCAUCCAAAAGUACCUAAAAGUGGAGUACUUCAGAGUGCAAAUUGGGGCCACCCAGCGCUCCAAACCUGGGCCUGAUGCCCAGAACCGUAUCAUCAAGAGACUGGUGGACCACGCUCAGUUUAACCGGGAUUAUCACCUGAAUAACAUUGCCUUGAUAGAGCUGGACAAGCCCGUGGUUUGCAACGAUUAUGUCCAGCCAGCCUGCUUGCCAGAGGAGGACCUGAACAUAGAGACACUCACCCACUGCUAUAUCUGUGGCUGGGGCAUCACGAACAUAAUGAGGGAUACCACAUAUUCGGAUAUCCUACAAGAGGCCCAAGUGUCGCUGAUAACCAGAGAGGCAUGCAACAACUCCCUUCAGUAUACCAGGCGCAUUAAAGAGGAACACAUCUGUGUCAUAUCUGAUGAAGCCUCCAUCGACAGCUGCCGGGGUGAUGGUGGUGGCCCCCUCAUGUGCAGGACGCCCCAUUCUGAGCGCUUCUGGCUGAUCGGCCUCAACAGCUGGGGGAUGGGCUGCACCACUAGGAAAGUGCCUGGGAUCUUCACUUCCACUCAGUCGUUCCUGCCCUGGAUCAGGGAGACAAUGGAGAACCCCCCUAUGUCAGCCCUUAGCCCACCGUUCAGACCAACCCCACCCACCACCCCUUCAACCCCCAGCCCCCCACCCCCAAGCCGGUACACUGGAUAUUAUUAUUACAAUCCCAUCUAUAAAAAGACUGGGGUGAAAAUGGCAGAGCUGUCCAGAGAAAGCUUGGCUUCGUCAGGACAAGGAGCCAAUCUUUUGGCAAACAUCUUCCAGCUUGAAAUCCACUUCCAUUCCUGGAAGGAGAAGAGCUUCAUCUGGAGCCCCUUUGGCUUCACACCAUCACCUUGGUUGGCUGAGUUCUUGGACCCACCAAGUGGAUUCUGGCAGCUGUUCUCCUGUGCCAUGUCCAAGCAGAUCACCGUCCUGUGGCUUAAGGUGCUGGCCUGCUUGCCACCAUACGCUGAGACGGCUGGACUCCCACCACACAGUGGGAAUCCCGAAUCCAGCCCAGCCCCCCUCCUCAUUUCUCCACGUGCCUUUCCGCAAACACUGCAGAGUUUCUACCCCUCUGCCCUGGCCCUCCACUGA